AUGGCCAGCCCCACCGCGUACCAGAAGGCACGGCUCUCCCUAGCCAUGCGCGGCCUCGACGGCCUCCCGCUCGACGAGUAUCUCUCCCACCUCCCUCCCCUCCCCGACACUCCAAAGAACUCCCCCCCCAUCCACCACAUCCCAGAUGGAAUCGUCCCCAAGUCUGUGUCCCAGUACAGCACCCCCGCGCCCGAGGUCAACAAACAAAACAAUGGGCUUCUGCACCCUCGCGGUGGUCAGGCGGCAAGUUGGAAGGUCCCUGGGAGCAUCAGGAGGGCACGGAGCCCGCUGGCCAAGGAGGUCACGCCUGCAGAAGAGCCGAUCGAUGCUGGUGAGACGCGCCCAGAGGGGCAAGGCGACACAUUGGAUCGCUCAACCUCCCAACAACUCUCCCCUUUGGCCCCCGCUCAAGCCCUGCCCUCGAAUCCGCCUGCUCUGAAUCGUGAACCCGCCAAUCCGUCGCCUGCCCCCGCCCCCCGUCUCUCGGCCUCCUUCCGUCUUCCAAACAUGGGUGACCUCUCUCUCAUCGGCGACUGCUCGCUCUUCGGCGGCGGUGGAGUCGACGAUGACAGUCUGUUAGACUUUGAGAUGAGCCAUAUCAGACCUCAUGGGAGAGACACUCCGACGAGUGAUCCGUCCAGCGUGAGCGAGCUCAGACAGGGAAACAGGUUACAAGCCCCCUCUGCGCAUCUCGCACAAUCCACCAUCUUUCCUUCCUCUCCAGCCCAUCUGCUCGCUUCCACCAAUGCCCUUGACCGAGUUGACCCUCCAUGGAAAGGCAACGAGUCUACAAUGAGUACUGUCUCGUCUGAUGACUCGAGUGAUACCCUCAACAUAAACUCGCGCCCAAUUUCCCCUACCAAGGGUUCAUCUGCCAAAACACCAUUGCUCCCCCGCUCUCGCGGCACGCCCUCCUCUCAGUUCUCAUCUUCUCUUCAGAGCAAGUCCAAGAGGACAUUUCCAGCGUCAUCUUCUGGUAACUCUCUAGCUGCCGUCGGUGAGGAGGCAGAGUAUAGACCAGAGCGAGAAAAGAGUACACUCUUACCAUUUGGCCUUCACAAUGCCGCUUAUCCGCUUCGGGAUGAGGACCUGCUCAGUAGAGAGACCAUGGUGCAAGACAAAAGCUAUCGCCUCGGCGACCUCCCCACCAAGCAGAUGUCGAUCCCCAAAGGCAAUCUGGGGGAUAUGACUAUGGAUGUGAAGGCUCUGAUGGCGAAUGUUGGCAAGCCCAAGCGGGCCUCGGGCACAGAGGAAAGCUUUGUGGAUCUGCUGAAUGCGGAAGACGAGGAUAUGAUUGACAGGAUGGACAUGACGAUGCUGGGAGCGGACGAAACUAUGAUGCUUCCUGCCGAACUGCGUCCCCAUGUGGCUACUCGCCAAGCACCGCCUUCUCGGGGCUUGCCAACCGCCCAGACAAGUCGUGGCCUCGCCCAUCUCGCCAACAAAGACCCGCUUUCCGACGCUCCAUCCACACUUACUCGCUCCAAAAGCUUGUCAAAAGUCGCCGAGAUCAUCCAACGAGUCAAGGCCGACAAGGCAGCAUCUGCCCUCGCCCGCCCUACUACUCCCCCCAAGACUGUCUCCUCUGCUCGUACCUACAAGUCGUCUGUUGACUCUGCCGUUACCCCGGCCGUACACAAAGCGCGUACCAACGUGGCGCCUCAUACGACUGGCUCUCGCCGUAUCUCACGAUCGGCCGGGGCUAUGCCAAUGUCGGAAAGUGCCUCGCAAACGACCAUCACUUUGCCUUCCACUCGCACUCCUGCUCAUGCCAGGACGCAAAGUGCUGCAAUCCCUGGGAGUGUCCGACGAAUGCCAACGUCUGCUUCCAGCUCUUCCCUGAGCAGCAGAACCACUGGGAGGAGUCUCGGUGUGACCGAGGCCAGAAACGCCAGAGUCAAGGAAACCCCGUCGUCGACACUUACGGCUCGCGUUCCUAGAGAGAGUAUCAUGACUGCUCAAAAGCCAAGGGUCGGCUCAACUACUAGCUCGGUUACCACCGUUGCUUCUGGCGCUCGUGCUCCUGCCUCAACAAGGAGCGCAGUCACUCUAGCCAGUACCCGCUCACUCCCCAGGUCUGCUACAACCUCUUCUCUCUCCAGUACCGGUCUGCCUACCCCCCGAGCCCCCCGUGCUCGAGCAUCUAUCGCACCUGCCGGCCUCCCCCGGCCUGGAACAGGCUCAUCCGCGAGGUCGGCUGUCGCAUCUGGCGUUGCCGCCACCACGCCUGCCCCUAGAGCAAGGACAUCCAGGGCAUUCGGAAAUGACGCCACGGCGACGACCAACCGAGCCACCACGACAUCUGACGCUCCAGCUACCGAAGCUAGGUCCAAGCUGUCCACCAUACCGACAAGUUCCGCUGGGGCUCCGACUGGCGCCACUUCUGCCUCGGAGAGAUUGGAGGCUCGUGCUCUCUCUACACCUGCUUCUGCUAUUGCUAGACAGACGACCUUGCCUUCCUCUCGUGCUGCUCCGUCUGUCGAGGCGAGGAAAAGUACUCGUCCCCUUGUAUCUGCUUCAGGCCAGCCACCCAGGCCCAGGGUGGGAAGUACUCUACCCAGAGCUCCAACUUCCCGAGUCCCAGCUGUUGGAGGCAAGAGCUCUGCCCCACCCACUUCAUCAUCUUCUUCGCUGGCGAGCAAAAGCGGGGCCAACCUGGCAGGGUUGAGGUUCAGGCUGGAUGAGCUGCAGGCGAAACAGCAGACGAGGAGCAAAAGGCUUGCCAAAGCGGAGUAG